UGGCUUUAUGCAGACUGGUUCUGAUGGCUCAAAAAAUGAAAUUGUGGGUGCCACCACUGCAACGUAUGUGCCCUCAAUUGAUGACAUUGGCUCCUUUAUUUCUGUUUCAUGUGAACCUAUCCGAAGUGAUUGGGCUCGUGGACCCAUGGUUCUGUCUGAACAAAUUGGACCUAUAAUACCUGGUCCCCCAACUUGUCGUUUGCUGGAAUUUGUUGGAUCAAUGAUAGAAGGGCAGCGCUUGAACUUUAAUGCUGUCUAUAGUGGGGGAGAGCAAGGAGAUUGUACCCAUGAGUAGUUUAGGGUAAAGGACAAUGGUGUACGAGAGAAAUUAAGUAGCAAUGACUUUUUGGAUUUGACUCUUGAGGAUGUUGGUACGUGCAUUGAAAUAAUCUAUACUCCUGUACGCAAAGAUGGAAUCAGAGGCAACCCAAUGAGCAUAGUGUCUGAUCUGAUUUCUCCUUCGGAUCCUAAGGGAAUGGAUCUUGUAAUUCCUGACUGCUGUGAAGACACAGAACUUAUACCACUGAGAAAAUAUUUUGGUGGACAUGAAGGGGUUGGAGAGUAUAUUUGGUAUCGGACAAAUCAUAAACUUGAAGGAUCUGAACUACUAGAUAUAUCUAAUGCUUCUGAUGUUGUAAUAUGUGGGACAGAGCCAACAUAUAAACCAUUACUUAAAGAUGUUGGAGCUUACUUGGCUUUGUAUUGGGUGCCUACUCGUGCAGAUGGCAAAUGUGGGGAGCCAUUGAUUGCAAUUUGCAGUACCCCAGUUUCCCCUGCUCCUCCAGUAGUUUCUAAUGUACAUGUGAAAGAGUUGUCCUCGGGAAUUUAUUCUGGAGAAGGUGAAUAUUUUGGUGGACAUGAAGGAGAAAGUCUCUUUAGCUGGUAUAGAAAAAAUAACGAGGGGACCAUAGAAUUGAUUAAUGGGGCAAAUUCUAAAAUCUACGAAGUUACUGAUUCAGAUUACAAUUAUCGUUUGUUGUUUGGGUAA